AUGUCGUGUGAUACCAAGCACCAUGCAAACAUUUAUCUUUUUGACAUAGAGACCACGGGCCUGGGUCCGCACUGCAAAAUCAUAGAGAUCUGCCUCCACGCCGUCGAUCGCUGGAGUUUGGAGAAAUGUGAGGCGAACAGUCAAACACCGCCCCGUGUCGUUGACAAGUUAGCCCUGUGCGUAGAUCCAGAGAUGGAGAUUUCAGACAAGGCCGAGGAAAUGACGGGCUUGUCACGGGAAUUGCUUCAGUGCAACCAGCGGGGUGCUUUUCGUGAAGGAGUCGCUAAGUUAAUCAAAAGCUUCUUGGAAAUCCACUUUGAUGAGUAG